UUGGCCACUGCAGAGAGGAGCUAGAGAGGACGGCAGAUGAGCUGCGUUAUCUCAAUCAUGUAACGGAAACACUAAGCCUUGUAUUAUGGUGAAUUCUAAUUUUUCGCAUGGGCAGUGGAUACCGAGGUGCUUUAGAGCCUGCUAAAGGCAGGAAAUGCACAAAGGAGAAGGCAAGGCAGCGGCCACUGCAGCGUACUGAGACCAAAGAUAGAGGAGCGCUGUCAAGUCUGCCUGCACAGGAUCAGCAUGGACUGCCUGAGCAGCAGGAGGAAGCUGCUGUAGCUGGCUGGGAAUAGGCCCCGCUCCUCGGGUCCAUGACAGGACCCAACUCCCCAAGCCGGACUGGCACCUCCCCAGCCAAGCUCAGCAGGCACGGCCGGUCCAAGAGCACCAGCGCGCACUGUCUCCUGCGCUGCGGGACCCGGGAGGAAUCCUCCGCCUCUCCUCCCAACCAUUCCCCCGAGGAGGAGGAAGAGGAGAAGGAUGGGGGGGUUCUGUUCUACGUUAACCGGAGCGGUUUUCCCAUUGAGGGCGUCACCUGGGAGAGGAUGUGGUCCCAUGUGGCUGCUGUGCACCCAGAGGGCCAGGAGAUGGUGAACAGGAUACGGAAUGCUGCAUACCUGCCAAAGCAUCCCGUCCCCUCCAUUCCAACCUUCAAACCAUCCAUGUCCGUCCCUGAUUGGUUGGUGGCCGUCCAGAACUACAUGAAGGCUCUGCAAUACAACCACACUGGAACCCAGUUCUUUGAGAUCAAGAAGAGCCGACCUCUGUGCGGGUUGAUGGAAACAGCAAGAGAAAUGAUCAGGGAGUCUCUACCCAUCAAAUGCCUGGAGGCCGUCAUCCUGGGAGUCUACCUGACCAACGGGCUCACGUCUCUCGAGCGCUUCCCCAUCAGCUUUAAGACACAGUUUUCAGGUCACUGCUUUCAUCACGUGGUUCUUGGCGUCUACUGCAACGGCCGCUAUGGAUCCCUGGGCAUGAGCCGCCGCCAGGACCUGAUGGACAAACCUCUGACUCACCGAACACUGGGAGAACUGGUGGCCGAGUUCGAGAACUCUUACAAAAGAUACCAGCACACUUUGAAGAAGGUGAAGAUUGGCUUGUACGUGCCUCAUGACCCCCAUGUCUUUCAGCCAAUCGAGUGGAAGUAUUUGGUGCUGAAUGCGGCCCGGCUCGGAGCUCAGGAGAUGAGGAAGGAUCUGGAAAAGCAUGGCCGGGACAUGAGGAUGAAGAUCCUAAAAUCCUCCAGUGCUCAGUCGCCAAUCAAGGAGCGCAGCCGAGGAAAGUCGCUGUCACCACGGCGACGGCAGAGCAGCCCUCAGCGACGGAGCGCACACCGCAGAGACAAAUCGCCGGCCUCAGUGGAGAGGAAACCUCUGGAGCUCAGCACCCUCAGCGACGGUUACCAGAUCCGCAUCUGAUGCCCCCCCACCCCCCAUCCAUCCUUUUCUCAGCCAAGGGUCUAUAACUGCCACCAGGUGGAAGUAACCUGGUGCAAACAGCACAGUUACACUGAUUAUAGGAUUCUAACCACACUUAGUCAUUUCUUUAAGGGGAGGUGUUCAAGGCUCACUCAACACUAUAAAAAAACUAAUUUCUUUUUCCUGGAUUUCACAAGUUCCUCAAUCUUCCUGUGAGUUUUCCACCAUGACGGAUGAUUUGUUAGCAGAUUUAAACUAUUGCUUCAGCAGAACGACCAAAAAUUUAAAGAUUUAGCAAAGCUCAGAGAUGAAGCGGUCAGAUGAGGAAAUCCAAAGCUGCUCUGAGCGAACGGCGGUCCAGAUGAUGCGGCUCAGGUCGCAUCGGAACAACUUAGGAUGCAAAGGCAAUCUAGAACAAAAUAGCACGAGGAAGAAGAAAAGGGAGGAAUGAGAGAAGCAGAGGGAGUGAUAGAGGGAUGAUAGCAUCACAGCACAGGUUUAACCUGGCAAAGGUUUUCAUCUUCACCUCCUGCAAAAAUAAGAAAAAAAACAAGCUUUCUAUGUUCAACCCCAACAUGGUUACAUCCUCAGACCUUUAAAAGUUCUUCAUGUGAGUCAAAAGUGGAUAAAAGCCUCUCAGACAUCCUGACUAAUGCUGCAGAGAAACAAAUAACAGCAGCAGCAAACCCACAGACUGCUGGGAUAUAGAAGGAAUCUGCUGCA